CCGGAUGUUCCCAUUUACAUCUUCCGGUUUCCCUGACCAAGAUGGCGGCUGACGCAGACGAGAGUAAAUAUUUUGUGAGAGAAAUUGAGAAAAACGACGGUCGUGUCUUGAAAAUGAAACAGUGCUACUUAGGAGACGUUGGCUGCGUGGUCUGGGAUGCAGCUAUCGCUCUGGCAAAAUAUCUAGAGACGAAACAGUUUUAUGAUCCGUCCUCUGGAGUAAACGUGUGGUCUGGCAGGACUGUGGUGGAGUUGGGUGCUGGGACUGGAGUAGUUGGUCUGAUGGCAGCAACACUCGGAGCACAAGUUAUAGUGACAGACCUGGAAGACUUGCAGACCCUCCUGGGAGUGAACAUCCAAGAAAACCAGGCACUUAUAAGUAGCGGAUCCAUAACUGCCAAGGUACUGAAAUGGGGUGAUGAUGUGUCUGCGUUCCUCCCUCCUCCACAUUAUGUCCUUAUGGCAGAUUGCAUCUAUUAUGAGCAGUCAAUUGUUCCACUGGUGGAGAGCUUGAAGCUGCUUUCUGGACCAGAGACAUGCAUCAUUUGCUGUUAUGAGCAGCGCACUGAAGGUGUCAACCCAGAAGUGGAGAGGCGUUUUUUUGAGCUGCUGCAACACAACUUCAGCUGUGAGAAGAUCCCUUUAGAAAAUCAAGACCCAGAGUUCAACAGCCCGGACAUCCACAUUUUGCACAUCAGAAGAAAAGUUUGAUUUUUGUGGAAGACGUGGGAAGAUGUGUUCCCUUAUUAAUGUUCAGAUUUGAAUAAAAUGUUUUGUAUUUUUUAAACUGAAUGCUUUAUGAUGUAGAUACUGACUUGAUACUUGAUCAAAGUAAAGAAAUUAAAAAGUAAA